CCACUUCAAAAGAAAGAUAAGCACAAAGGCUUGAGUAGCCGGCAGCUCGCCAUGAUGGAGGAGGCGUCCAGCAAGAUUCAUUUGCUCCACAUGCCCCAUGAAGUAUGUGCUGGAAUCGUGUGGAGCUUGAGUGUGGCGGACACUGCCCGCUUGGCCCCCAGCUGCAAACUGUUUGGCCAGGAGACAGCAGAUGCAGAGCUUUGGUUCCAGUUGUUUUUGAGAACUUGUUGGCCUCCGUCCGGCGCACUGCUGGCCUUCGCAGAGGGAACAACAACACCAGUCGGGAUCGAUUGGAGAGCACGUUUGCAGGUGAGAAUGGAAUCCACUCCAACAAUUGUUGUGGACAUUGGUCGAGGAUACACCAAGUACACUGUUGCUCAUGGAGUUAGAGGGCGAUGGGAAUUGGAUGGGUAUCCUCCACAGCUAGUUCAGUUGUGCUCCUCACCCACACACCCACCUGAUUGCGACAGGAAUGAACAACUUAGCUAUAUCCAUCACUGCCUCGACAGAGCAUUCAUGGCUGCGGCACAAGAUCCCUCUCACAGACUCCACAAGGCCGCAUUAGGUCCAAGUUCGGAGCUCAAAGUUGGACACUACGCUGUUCGUGCUGAGGACCUCUCCCUCGUCAGGCUACGUGCACGGGAAGAGGGGGGAGGCGGUGACGCCUCAGAUGGCCGCUGGUUAGUUGAGCCCACAAUUGGCACAUCCCGAGACUCAGAAAGGCAACAGGUCGACCAAGAAAGACUUCUUGCUGUCAGACGAGCACAUGAUUUGCCCAUUUUGAUUGGAGAGCCCUUCGUGAUCACAGCAAAUCGAAGUGAAAUGGGAGCACAGUGGGAUAGUCACAUCCGUUCGCAAUUGAGCAACCAGCGACCAGGCGCUGUACAAGUUGUUUCACAAGCACAGAUGGCAUUGUGGGCACAUGGCAUUGACCACGGCAUUGUGGUGAACAUUGGGCAAGCUCAAACCAUUGCAGUGCCAGUCGUAAGAGGAGAGGUGAUAGGUUCGUGUUCAACCAGGUGCAAUGUUGGCUCUGCCGAUUUGACGCAGGUCAUGGUCUCUUUAAUGGUUCGAAAAGCCCCUUCUGUGGACAGCUCUCUCAUGACAUGGUGUCGAGAUCUCAAGGAAGCUUACUGCUAUGUGUCUCCACCAGGCAGAGGCAGCAUGAGAGCCAGGCUGGCAGCCGGGGAUGACUUUGGAAUCAGGCCAAUACCAGUUGACCUUCCAGAUUAUGCUGGAAUCCGAAAUGCAGGCACCUUGGAGCUGGCUGAGGAACGUGUACUUGUGCCUGAAGUUCUUUUUGAAGCAAAUCGAGGAGGCCAGAGCCUUCCUUCCAUCAUUGUCCAGUGUGCAAAUGCCGUGCAGUCUUUAGGAAAGUACAAGCGAGAUGAUAUCGCCGACUUGCUAAGACAAGUUGUGCUGGUGGGCGGUGCUGCAGAUUUUCCCGGGAUUCGCCCCCGUGUGGAGUAUGAGAUGCGAAGCCUUUUGCACGGGGCAGAGUACCAACAGCUGAGUAGCUGUUUCGAAUCAACAGAGGAUGUUUAUGUUCUGAAUCCUCCAUUGGAUCGCUCCUCAAACCCACUGGUCUCACCACGUUUUGUGCCUCUCUUUGGUGGCUGCGUACGGGCUGCGAGCUCGGCAGGGUAUGGAGCUUUGGAGCGGGACAAGAAUAUUGGAGCACUUCGCAGCUUGCCCUUGCAGGCUGAAGAUCUUGGCCAAGGAACUGAAGGCCACCGGGGCAAUUUAUUGCAACGGCGGUUGCUUGCAUUGCAGCUUCCGCAAAUCUUCCGCACUGGUGGUGGUGGAGGCGAAGACGAUCAGAUCUGGCAGAUGUUUGAGGAUGACGAUGACGAGAUGGAGGAUGCUGAAGGAUUUGAUUCAGCAAGCAUAACCAGCUUGGACGAAUCAGGGAGCGAGCCAUGUGAGAACCCCCACAGCCCCGGUCAGAGUUCUGAGCAGAGCCCUUUGCAAUCUCUGCCCGAGAGCUCAGACCACAAAGGCAAGGGGAAGGGAGAACGGUCACGCGAAAAUCAGCGAAGAGCAGACGGAGGAAAGGCCCGCGGAAAGGGCGGCAAGGGAAAAUCAAAAGGCAGAGUCCGUAUGUGGCGUCCUGUCCAAAGUGGGGAUCAGAACUGAGAGCUGUGUACAAAUGCCAGGCACCAAGUAGGUGUGAUUUUCCAUCCUCAGCUGAUCCCUGUGCUAUCCUGGGACUUCUCUCGAUACAAGUGCCAAAAUAUUCAGUAGGUGUGACAAACUUAUUCUUCUUGAGCGUUGCUGCUGCCUGAAGAUGUACAGUACCAGAGUUUCGGAUCCUGCUUUUCUUGAACAACUAUCGUUGUAGCGUAA